GUAAUCGAAAUACACCUAUCAAAGGAUAAAGAAAGGAAAAUGGUACAAGGAAAAUAUAUUGGAUUGGUUACUAUAAUUCUGUUGGCUUUUGUUCAGCACUGUAAAGCAGGUCUAUUAAAAACGUGUAAUGAUGAUUCUACGUGUAAAGCUACGCAGAGUGGAGGAGACGCUAAUGCCAUCUGUUCAAAGGAUUCGGCCGCUGGAGGCGAUACAGAUGGAAACUGCAUAUGUACGGGAGCGUUUAAAGUAAAUCAAGCUGGAAAUGCAUGUAUUAAAAAGGGUGUCACAGAGAUGACAUGUACACCUGGUGAUAGCGGAAAUACUGAAUGUCAAAAAGUGAAUACAAAUGCUGAAUGUCCUGCUGGUGGCUCCAAAUGUGCAUGUAAAGCUGACUAUGUAGUGAGUCCAAAGAACAAUACCAUAUGUGUACAAAAAAUCAUAUUGGUUGAAUGUACACCUGGUAAAACCGCAGAUGGAGAUGACAAAUGCCAAAAGGUUGAUGAAAAUUCAGAAUGCCCCGCUGGCGCAACCAAGUGUGCAUGUAGGACUGGAUACAAAGGCACUGAUACUUGUGGGAAAGAAUCCUCUGCGCACAUCUUCAGGAUGACACAGAUCUUGACUGCAGUGCCUCUAAUGGUUAUUUUCAUAGGAAAAAUGAUUUAGAAAUACCAAGAAGACGUCGUCUUCAUAGACUAUUUAUUUCACAUGAUAAAACUUUAUAUAAAAAGAUGUUGCCUUAAUUCAAUAAAAUAAAAGUGAUAAUCCAUAGUGAA